AUGUUCCAGUACGUAUACGUUCCCCUCGCUGUCGUUGCUCUGGCAUGCACCGCCUUUGCUGCCCAAGCCGAGGCGCCAUUGUCCCUCGCCACCACCAGCCUAAGCUCGGGCUGCGGCACCAACCUCACGCCCUCCUGCCAAAAUAGCAGUGUUGAGACCAACAGCUGUUGCUUCGAGGCUCCUGGUGGUUGGAUAUCUCAGGUCCAGUUCUGGGACACCAACCCGUCCACUGGACCUUCGACUAACUGGACAAUUCAUGGUCUAUGGCCAAACAACUGCGAUGGCAGCUACAGCGAGGACUGCGACCCGUCGCGUGACUAUAGUGAUAUAACCUCUCUCCUUCAGGACCAGGGCGCCAGUUCCACGCUGGACUUCAUGCAGACGUACUGGAUCAGCGACGACGAGUCCAAUGAGGCCUUCUGGGAGGCUGUCGCAUUCUUCGAGACUGCGGUGAACCUGUUUCAGUCGCUACCCACGUACGAGUGGCUCGAGCAGGCAGGGAUCACGCCGGGCGAUAGCGAGUACGCGCUGUCGGACCUUGUCUCUGCGCUCCAGAGCGCGUUCGGCGCGACUCCUAUUUUCUCGUGCAACGACCACAAUACGAUCUACCAGAUCAGCUACUACUUCAACCUCCAGGGUUCGAUGAUCGACGGCCAGUUCGACCCCGUCGAUGCGCCCUCAUCCAGCUCGUGCGAUAGCCAGGUUAUGUACCCGGCGAAAACCAACUAG